UCCCCAUAGAUCGAGGUCGCGCCGCACCCUCUGCCUGCCUCUCUGCAAACCCGGCCGGCCGCGCCUUUGGGUCGAGUACAGUCUGCUCUCCGUGGAUGCGCGCUCCGCCCGCCGACUGACAUAUCUGCCAGUACUUGAUUGUUCUCCCUGCGGCCCGGACACAUAGUAUGACCAUUAGGUGUUUCAUCUCCCAGCCAUUUUCUAUGGAAAACCAAAGGGAUCAGGCCAUGAUAGCCACUGGCAGCUUUGAAGAAUGGGAUGCCUUUAGAGAAGCUUGAUCUUGAAGGCCUCAGCGUGAGAUCUAACAGAGCCAGAUUCCAGCAGAGUUCCUCUGUCUCGUCUUGUUGCUGAUUGAAGGUGCCCCCUUCUUUUUUCUUCAUCUCCUGGGAGGUAGCAGGAAUUGGCAUUAUGGUUGGGUUCAAGGCCACAGAUGUGCCCCCUACUGCCACUGUGAAGUUCCUGGGGGCUGGCACAGCUGCCUGCAUUGCAGAUCUCAUCACCUUUCCCCUGGAUACUGCUAAAGUCCGGCUGCAGAUCCAAGGAGAAAGGCAGGGGCCAGUGCAGGCUGCGGCCAGUGCCCAGUACCGCGGGGUGCUGGGCACCAUCCUGACCAUGGUGCGCACCGAGGGCCCCCGCAGCCUCUACAAAGGGCUGGUCGCCGGCCUGCAGCGCCAGAUGAGCUUUGCCUCCAUCCGCAUCGGCCUCUACGACUCUGUCAAGCAGUUCUACACCAAGGGCUCUGAGCAUGCCGGCAUCGGGAGCCACCUCCUGGCAGGCAGCACCACAGGUGCCUUGGCUGUGGCCGUGGCCCAGCCAACGGAUGUGGUAAAGGUCCGAUUCCAGGCGCACGCCCAGGCUGGAGGUGGCCGGAGGUAUCAAAGCACCAUUGAGGCCUACAAGACCAUUGCCCGAGAGGAAGGGUUUCGGGGACUCUGGAAAGGGACCUCUCCCAAUGUCGCUCGUAAUGCUGUUGUCAACUGUGCUGAGCUGGUGACCUACGACCUCAUCAAGGACACUCUCCUGAAGGCCAACCUAAUGACAGAUGACCUCCCUUGCCACUUCACUUCCGCUUUCGGGGCGGGCUUCUGCACCACCAUCAUCUCCUCCCCUGUCGACGUGGUCAAGACGAGAUACAUGAACUCUGCCCUAUGCCAGUACCGCAGUGCUGGCCACUGCGCCCUCACCAUGCUGCAGAAGGAGGGUCCCCAAGCCUUCUACAAAGGGUUCAUGCCCUCCUUUCUCCGAUUGGGUUCCUGGAACGUGGUGAUGUUCGUCACCUAUGAACAGCUAAAACGGGCCCUCGUGGCUGCCUGUGCUUCCCGGGAUGCUCCCUUUUGAGCCUCCCCUGCUGAUCACCUCUGGCUUUGGCUGCAGCCUGGACCUGCUUCCCUUUUCCUCCUCCCCUCAUUCCCUUCCCUCUGCUCCCUUUCCCACCACCUCCCUUCCCUCUCCCCACAUUUUCACCCCUCAGCUCCCCGUUGCCUCUCACAGUCCUGAUGUAGUUGACCCCAGCUGACACUGUGGGAAGCCUGGACAAGCCAGCAUCUCAAGCCCUCAGUCCCUUGAGAAGUUCAGCCUGACUCUUCGUCCUGCCUCCUGCCCCUGAGCCCGACUAGCACGUCACCCAUAAAACAAGCUCAACCUUGGUGUCUCCUCCCUCUCUGUUACCAGAGGUCUUGGUCUAAUGGGCCCUUUUGGCACCUGGUAGGCAGGGGAGGAGCCACCUGACUUGGAAA